UAACUCAAUUUGUUUUCUGUGAGAACCACUGGUUAAAGUGUUAUAUGUAAUAUAUUUUCCUACAUCUUCACCAUGUUGAAGCGUUUAUUUUUCUUGUUUUCUCACAUGACUUCCUAUUCUCGUGAACUUCAACUUGCAAGGGUUAAUUGAUUACUUUCUCAAUCUAUCUUUUGAAACAAUCAAGAGACCGGAUUGACUUAGAAGGAUAUUCAUGUGCAUUAACGGAAAUAAUUAACUGAUGAUAACAACUAAAAACCAUCCUUUAACGUUCAUGUACAUUACAUAUUGUACCAUUUUUCAUCGCCUUGCCACAGUUUAGUACCAAUAUCGCUACCCAAAUGUUAGUUUUAAUCAGCCUUACAAGCUGAUUUUAAUUCCAUUUUUGACUUUUAUCAAUAACUUCAUGUUAAAGUGUUAAAUGCCUUAAAAUGUUACAUUGGCCUCCGUCAACAAUCACAGUGUUUGUAAUUACAUUUGUUAUACUCAAGUCAUCUGCAAGCUCAGAUAAACCUUCAAGCCUAUUGUGUCCACCCAAUUGGAUUUAUAUUGCUAUAGCUGAUAAGUGUAUUAAAGGUGGACAAGUUUCAGGUUCUAAUGACGAUAAUCUUAAAUAUUGUAAUGGCCUGAACGCGUCUAUGAUAACAAUUGAAUCAAGUGAGGAAAAUGAUGAAAUAUUCAAGCAAUUUGCCUCAUUGCAUAUCUUUCGAUUCUGGAUUUCUGGUAGAACAGAAGGAUUUAAAUUGAAUAAAAAACAUCAAACUAAAGUAGAUUUGAUGAAAUCAACAGAUUUCAGCAAUUGGGGACUCAAUUCACCCCAUUGUACGCCAGGUGAACAAUGUUGUAUUAUGGUCAACUCUUUCAAACAAUGGCAGGAUUAUGAUUGCUUGGAGGAUUUCAAUUUUGCCUGUGAGAAACGUCGUAUUUUUGAGUCAUCCGAGUUAAAUCAAAUUGUUUCAGCCGAAAACCUAAGUCCAGAAGAAAUCGAAUGCUCCGGAAAAGUAAUCCUAGAAAUGAUGGCUCCAAAAAACAUGUCUCAACUAGAUGAUAUUUAUGCGAAAGUGAACAGCCAAAUUGAAGCCAAUCAUACAAUUUCUGAAACAAAUUCAGUAUUUUCAAAACCAGAGGCAUCUUCACCCGAACCACAACCACCAAAACUUAAUAAAUACCAGCCACCAGCAGCUGCAUCAUCACUAAUCUCACAACCAGCAGUAUUACCACCAAUUUCAUCACUAUCAGACUCAUCAUUAUCAGCAUCAACUUCAUCGCCUUCAAUCUCAAUUUCACCACCCUCAACUUCAUUACCAUCAGCUUCAAUAUCGCCAACUUCAUUGCCUUCAACUUCAUCAUCUCCAGCUUCAUCGUCAUCAACUCUAUUGCUAUCAACUUUGCCACCUUUAACGGAAUCAACCUCAGUAUCAUCACCACCGGUAGUAACAGUUUCCGAGGAAUUGAUUAAUCAUAUUAUUAAAAGAUAUCAAAAAAAUCAAUUGAAUGUAAUAAGACUGUGGUUUGACUUAAUCAGAACCCAUCGUAAUUCAAGUGAACGAUCAAGACAAUUUCAGCGAUCAAUAAAGGAUCAAGGAUUUCAACUGUCUAACUAUUUACUCGUACUGUUAACAGGCUUGUCAAUCUUGGUUCUGGUGGCAACAAUUAUCACAUUAUUGAUUAUUACUCGCCGAUUUUUACGUCAAAAGACUCAAGAUACUUACCAAAUGUCAUCUCGUCUUCUUGAAUUAGGUUAUGAUUAGGGAAUCCUGGUUUGGACCUUUACUCACCUGCUGUUUACCUAAUCAGUUUGACGAUUAAAUGUACAAAAUAAAUUGUUAUUAAAUUUAAUCAUUCCAAUGA